AUGAGCAACAUGGCCACGGAGAUCGUUGCCUUCAUCGUGACCAUAUCUGGAUGGAUCCUGGUCUGCUCCACGUUGCCUACUGACUACUGGAAGGUGUCCUCCGUGGAUGGGACGGUCAUCACCACGGCGACCUUCUGGUCCAACCUGUGGAAGACCUGCGUCACGGAUUCUACAGGAGUGUCCAACUGUAAAGAUUUCCCCUCCAUGCUGGCUUUGGACGCGUAUAUCCAGGUGUGUCGGGGCCUGAUGAUUGCGUCUGUGUGCCUGGGGUUCUUUGGAGCCACCUUGGCCCUGAUGGGAAUGAAGUGUACCAGGAUCGGAGGCUCAGAGAGCACCAAGGCCAGACUAGCAGGCCUCGCAGGCCUUCACUUCAUACUCAAUGGGCUUUGCUCCUUGACUGCAUGCUCCCUGUACGCACACAGGAUCACGUCAGAGUUCUUUGACCCACUCUUUUUUGCUCAAAAGUUUGAACUGGGCGCAGCGCUCUUCAUUGGCUGGGCUGGCUCUGUGCUCUGCAUUUCAGGAGGACUCAUAUUCUGCCUCUCCUUGUCAGAGGGCUUCAGGCAAGUUUAG